AGAAAGAGGAGAUCGACCACCCCAACAACAGCUUCAGCCCCUGCAGCAUCCAUGACCGCAAGUGCCUGCAGAAGCAGCAGGCGAAGCGGGUCAACAAUGGCAACAAGAUGCGCAACAGCGGGAGCCCAUACCACCGUGAGGAGACACGGCCCAUAGCACAGGGCUCGUGCCAGAGCGAGCUGCACCGGGCGUUGGAGCGGCUGGGCGGCCCGGACCUGUACGUCACCCCCAUCCCCAACGGCGACCGCAAUGGCAACUUCCACCCCAAGCAGUGUCACCCGGCACUGGAUGGGCAGCGGGGCAAGUGCUGGUGUGUGGACCGCAAGACCGGGGUAAAGCUGCCGGGCUUCCUGGAGCUGAAAGGAGACUUGGACUGUCACCAGCUGGCAGACAGCAUGUGA